AUGCCGCUGCACAUCCUGGCCCUGAAUCCCCUGAUCCACACUGUCGUUAUCGCCGCUGCACCCAUCUCCUCGCCGCUUUCCUCACACCUAUGUGAAGAUGCGACGCCUCAACUCUACAUCGACACCCCGGCCUUCGAUCCGUCAAGAUGCAUUGCAUCCAUGAGCGACGGAUCCAAGAGCCGCCGUGAUCGUUCAAUCCCGUUCGCGAUCUCGUUGUCUGUGGUCCACGAGUCUGCAGCAACGCCGAACGCACUCUCCCGCUCGUCCGGCCAUCUGCAUGUCAAUCGACCACACCGUCUGUCGUUCCGCAUCCGCACAUUGGCAUGCUGUGUCGCCGAUGGGCCAGAUUUCGUAAUGCGGAUGUGGAUGCGGUCGUCAUGCGUCGUGCGAACAGGGCUGCAGAGAUUAGCAACACUGUACCAGGGAUUCGCCCAGGCCGUACAGAGAACAUAUCACAGUUAG